CCUCCGGCUGCUGCCUCCGCUGCUGCCUCCUCCUUUCCCACGUCCACCGCUAGGCCAGCGUCUGCGGGGGCUCGAGGGGCGGCAGCGGCGGCGGCGGCAGCGUUAUGGAGCCGGGGGCCGGCAGCCGAAGGGCUGCUCGCGGGCAGGGGGCGGGACCCCCGAGCUCUCCGCCACCCCCGGAGCAGGAGCGGAAGCUGGAACAGGAGAAGCUGUCCGGGGUGGUGAAGAGCGUCCACCGUAGGCUUCGCAAGAAGUACCGGGAAGUGGGAGAUUUUGAUAAGAUCUGGAGAGAACACUGUGAGGAUGAAGAAACGCUUUGUGAAUAUGCUGUUGCAAUGAAAAAUUUGGCAGAUAAUCAUUGGGCAAAAACUUGUGAGGGCGAAGGUCGUAUUGAAUGGUGUUGUAGUGUAUGCAGAGAAUACUUCCAAAAUGGUGGGAAGAGAAAAGCACUUGAGAAAGAUGAAAAAAGAGCUCUACUGGCCAAUAAGACCACUCCAGCCUUAAAUAUGCAUGAGUCUUCUAAACUUGAAGGUCAUUUAACCAACCUCAGCUUUACAAACCCUGAAAUUAUAACUGAGUUGCUACAAACCUCAGGAAAGAUCAGAUUACUUGAUGUUGGCAGCUGCUUUAACCCAUUUCUGAAGUUUGAGGAAUUUCUAACUGUUGGCAUAGACAUUGUACCUGCUGUAGAGAGUGUAUAUAAAUGUGACUUCCUGAACUUACAGCUUCAGCAACCACUCCAGCUUGCACAGGAUGCUAUAGAUGCCUUUUUGAAGCAACUAAAAAACCCUAUUGAUUCUCUUCCUGGGGAGCUUUUCCAUGUGGUUGUUUUCUCUCUCCUUCUUUCUUAUUUUCCAUCACCUUACCAGCGAUGGAUUUGUUGCAAGAAAGCCCAUGAACUGUUAGUGUUGAAUGGUUUAUUACUUAUCAUCACACCUGAUUCCUCCCAUCAGAACCGACAUGCUAUGAUGAUGAAAAGCUGGAAGAUUGCUAUAGAGUCCCUGGGCUUUAAGCGUUUCAAGUAUUCAAAAUUUUCACACAUGCAUCUGAUGGCAUUUAGGAAAAUCUCCCUAAAAACCACAAGUGACUUAGUUAGUAGGAACUACCCAGGAAUGUUAUAUAUUCCUCAAGACUUCAACAGUAUAGAAGAUGAGGAAUAUUCUAACCCUUCCUGCUAUGUUCGAUCAGAUAUAGAAGAUGAACAGCUAGCAUACGGUUUCACAGAGCUCCCUGAUGCUCCAUAUGACUCAGAUUCUGGAGAAAGUCAAGCCAGCUCUAUUCCUUUCUAUGAGCUAGAGGAUCCUAUAUUACUUUUAAGUUAAUGUAAAAGCAAAAGGCCCUUUCAGUCCAGACUUCUAAACUAAUUGCUUAGACUAAUUGGAAAUACUAACAUGGGCUCUCAGAACUUAAAACCUGGUUUGCAGAGAAGAAUUGCAAAAGUUUACAGAGUUUGCUAUUUUUUUCUACUUCUGGAUUUUAAAAUUUAUUCUUAUAUAGAAAGCUUAAAGUUUCAUGCAGAGUGACUCCUGUCAUAGCAGAAACCACUGUUACUUUAGCAUUUAGUUCUAAGAUAUUAUAGAAAGGUACCUUUUUCUCUUCAGUGCUGUGUGAAAAAUGAAGCAUAUUUAGCUAUGUGUUUUCCUUUUCUUCAGCUUUUCAAUGUUGACUUUAAACCAUUGCAGUGGGAAACUUUAAGAUGUGUAGAAAGCUGUAGAUUGCACUUUGAUGACUCACAAGUUAAAUGUGACACAGAUUGGUCUAGUUGGUGAUGCACUUAUCUUUUUCAUUUUUCUAACUAAAUUGUGUGUCGCAGAAAGCCAUUUUCUAUUCAGUUUUGUCUGAUCCAGUAUUUCCUGAACUUCUUAGAAUUGGUGAUAAUUCUGUUUCCUUCUUUUUUUCUAUUAAGAGCUCAUUUGGCACCAUCAGACUUUGGGGGAGCAAUUUCCCUAAAAGUAUGUGUUCAUAUUUUAUUAGCACAGAACAGUAAACACCUUUGCCAAAGUAGUAGUUUCAUAACUUCUUGUUGAUAUGGGCCUUGGUGUUAAGUACAUUUAUCUGUUAGAGUUCAGUUUUACUUUUUUAAAUUUAGUUUUAAUUUCAAAAAUUUCUAUUUGAGCAAGGAACAAUAUAGUACUCAAUUCUGACCUAAAAAACCUUUGUGAAAAGGUUUGCACUUGUAAAAGAGCUUAUGUUCUAUCUAGACCAGUUUUGAUAGGGUCCUUGCCUUUCUGUUAAGGAGGUGCUGCACUACAAAUCUGGAAUUAUAUAAAAAAAAAUUUUAACCUUCUGUUGGUAAUCUCAUAAAAUGGUUUUAACCGUCUGAUAAUUUCUAUCCACAUUCUAGCAGAAAAUUUUCUUUGAAUAUAUAAACCGUUAGUUGGCUGUGGGAAUUUUCCCUUUCCGCAUCGAUAAAUGCCUUUCCAUGUUUCUGAAUCAGAAGCAAAUGAUUAAGGAGAAAUGUAUGUCCAAACAAGACAAGAUUAAUUUAAACAGCUAAGAACAUUGAGUCCACAUUGUCUUGUAGCCAGCAAUUGUCAUGUAAACUAUCAUUUUUAAGAGUGCCACUGUGUGGAUUUUUUUUUCAAGUGGUUAUUACAUUAAAAUUACCUCAUACUGAGGUUUUUGCACUGAAAUAUCACAGUUUUGGAUUUCAUGGUUAAUGUGUGUAUGUGUGUAUGUCUGUGUUUAAAGGAAACUUGGAUUUUCAAUAGUUGAUCCUAAAUUUCAUAAACUGCACUUCUUUACUCUGGUAAAACUGAUGUUUUUUGUGCUUAUCGUGAAUUGCUAUAGUUAAUUUUGAAUAUCAAACUUUAUUUAGAAAUACAAAAUUUAUCCUUCAAGGUAUAAAUAGUUGAGUGUGUGUACCAUAUAUUUCAGAUUAAAUUUCACAUGCUAAAUUAACGGAAGUACCAAUAUUUUAAUAAACCUAAAAAGUCAAUCAACUAAAUGCAAUAAAUUUUGAUUGCUCAAAUGUGCCAGAAGUAACUUGAAAUUUUUCAUUUACUUUCAAUAGCAUAAGAUUCCUAAAUAAUUAGGAUUGACUUUCUUUCCAGUUAAGUACUACAGGGCCAUGUCUUAUAACACCCCCACCCUCACCUCUGCCUCCCAAGAGGGCACUAUGUUCAGAAUAACACAGAACUAUAUUUUGAUCGUACCACUCUUACCAUACUGUUUAUUUUCUUUGAUUUGGCUAAAUACAACCUUAAGAGCAAAAAAAAAAAAAAAAAAGUACACCAAAUGAAAGUGCUUUGAAAGUAAAUGAAAACAGUGACUUU